GUAAAUGUCAAAUAUAGAACCAGAGAGAAUAAAAAACAAACUGUGUUUCCCAGGGAAUAGUUAGCAGGUUUUCAUUAAAGAUUUCAAUUGAUAAAUAUAAUUUAACUACUAACAACCAAGAAUGGCAGCCCAAAAACUAUUAGCUUUGGAUUUUGAGGUGUUUGGAAUUGUACAAGGUGUAUUUUUUCGCAAGUAUACGGAAAAACAAGCUAAAUCUCUUGGAGUACGGGGAUGGUGUAUGAACACCGAUGAUGGCACAGUUAAGGGUCAGCUAGAGGGAGAAUUAAAUAAAAUUAAUGAAAUGAAGCAUUGGUUACAAACAAAAGGAAGUCCCCAAUCGCGUAUUGAUAAAGCAGUAUUUAGUGAGGCAAAGGAAAUUGAUGAUUAUUCAUUUUCAGAGUUUGGAAUUAAACGUUAAUAUUGUAUAGCUAUUCUUUAAAAUACAAAUUUAUGUUAGUUAAA